UUUCCCCAACAUUUCCCAGCCUAUGAAAUCCCCACCGGCUCAGCUUUAUAAGCAGCCCAGCAGUGGCUCGGGGGCAGCGAGGAUGCGGGUGCUGCGGGCAGCGCUGGCCCUGGGCCUGCUGCUGAGUUGCCUGUUGCCAGGGGACGGUCUGUCACUGGAGAGCCUGCUGACCAACAAGAGGUGCAAGUGCGUCAAAGUGACUGCCCAGGUCAUCGGCCUGGGGCUCAUCCUCGCCAUCGACGUGACGCCGCCAGGUAUUCACUGCCGGAGGAAGGAGAUCAUCCUCACCCUGAAGAGGAACAAGAAGGUGUGCGUGGCCCCUGAGGCGCCCUGGAUCCAGCUGCUCAUCCACAAGCUGACGCAGAGGGAUGUCACCAAAAAAGAAGCGGCGGCGGUGGUGCGGUCACGGGGGAAAGUGGGGAGGCAGCCUCCAGCCCCAUAGCAGGACCUGCAGCCCUUCCCCAGCACCGCCCGUCCCUCCCUCUGUGCAGCUCUGGUUAUAAGUAACCAGCCCUGGUUUUGGUGGGGGGCAGGAGCCUUUCUCCCACCCCAUCCUCCCCAGAACCAGGCUGUCCUGCCUGAUCCUGGUGUUGCCCUACAUUUGGUGACUCUGCUGUAACCCUGCAUGAUUACCACCUCGGGCUCAAUUAAACUGUGAGUGCUCUGCCCUCGACUCUUUCCAUGCA